CCAGCUCAGUCAGUCAGGGAGAGCAGAUCUGAAAUGGCCAUCUAUUGUUUGCAUCUAGAUGGAGCACAAAGUUAUGGGCAUUUGAUGUUGGGAGGUGGUGAGGUGAACAGGAGGAGAAAGAGGAGGUCUGCUGGCUGCAGGAUUCCAUCACUCUUGGCAACCGUUUUGGAGUUACCACGGAAACACUGUGCCAUGUUGUCUGCCUCUCUUUUGUCUUCCUCCAUCCCUCUGCAUUUUUUCUCUCACUCUCUUUCUCGCUCCAUCUCGUCUUAAUCGCUGGGCGACCUCCUCCAGGCGUUGCCACGGCGAUGCUCUGGGUCCGCUGCAGACCCGUUUGAGCACAGAACAGAGCUGUGUGCUGGUGAAGGAAGUCAUCAGCUGAGCUUGUUCUUUUGUCUUAUCCCCCUUUGAUGACCUUUCACCCCUCCACUUUUCUUGCUGUUUGAAGAGCGUCGAUUUGGAUUGGCCCAGCAAGUCAGCUGACAUCACAUAAAGUUGGAUGAAGUUGGGGGGAGUGAGGCACUCUCUGCUGCAAUCAGAGUUGAUGUUUUCAUGACUCGGUCGCUCUGAGUGGCGUCCCAGCGCUUCACAGAGACCAAAUAAAGCUCUGUGAACAAACCUUUAGCAAGAUGAAUGAGGAGGCGGAGGAGGCGCCUGAGAGGAUGCUGGAAGCUGAGGAAGAGACGCUGUUUGAACGCUUUGCAACAAAUGAAGAAAAUUUAGAGCUGAAGACAGGAGAGACGGAGGAAGAGAUGGAAACUGAGAAGACUCAACAAGAAGAAAAGGUGCAGCAAAGUGAAAAGUUGGAAGAGGUGCAAAGGAAUGAAGGACUGCAGGAGGAGGAGGAGGUGCAGAAUGAAGAUGCAACACUGACAGGGGAGCAGGAAGCUAAACGGGAGCUGAAUCAGGUGGACCAACACAGUGCAAACUUGGAGAACAGAGAGGGGGUACAGGAACCCCAAGAGGCUGAGGAGGAGGAGCAGGAGGAGGUGCGGGGUGACGAGAUGUUACGGUCUGAGAAACAGCUGUGUGAAAGGCAGCAACUGCAGGAAGAGGAAGUGCAGCAGACUGAGGGGCAGCAGGACUUUGCAGACACUCUGGAGCCGAAUCACAACAGCCAGGUCCUGAUCCGACUGAGAGGAAUGCAGAAAUACAAAAGUACAUCACAGAGGCUGAAGGCAGCCCUGGAACAGAUGGACCGGGGGGUUGUGGACCUACAGGAGCUCCGCAGGAACCUGGAGCUCGCUGCGGCCAUGUUGGACGCUGUUUACACGGAUGAAACGAGACGCCUCUUGGACACAGAGGAUGAGCUAAGUGACCUGCAGGCGGAGUCGGUUCCCAGCGAGGUUCGUGAUUGGCUGGCAUGCACAUUCAGCAGGAGGACGGGCUUGUCCAAGCGCCGCCCUGAGGAGAAGCCAAGAUUCAGGAGCAUCGUUCAUGCAGUGCAGGCUGGGAUAUUUGUUGAGAGGAUGUACAGACGGACGUCCAACAUGGCCGGUCUGACCUACCCCCCCACAGCACUGAACGCUCUAAAGGAGGUGGAUCAGUGGUCCUUUGAUGUUUUUACCUUCCACGACGCCACAGGAGAACACGCCCUCAAGUUCAUCGUCUACGACCUUCUGACCCGCUAUGACCUCAUCAACAGGUUCAGGAUCCCAGUGCAGGCAUUGGUGCAAUUUGUUGAGGCUCUGGAGAGUGGCUACAGCAAACACAGGAACCCCUACCACAACCUGAUCCAUGCCGCUGACGUCACCCAGACUGCCCACUUCCUGAUGUUACACACCGGACUAAUGCACUGGCUCAGUGAGCUGGAGAUCCUCGCAAUGGUUUUUGCAGCAGCAAUUCAUGACUUUGAGCACACAGGAACCACCAACAACUUUCACAUUCACACCAGAUCAGAGGUGGCCAUUCUGUACAACGAUAGGUCAGUGCUGGAGAACCAUCACGUCAGUGCCGCCUACAAGCUGAUGGCAGAGGAGGAUAUGAACAUCCUGGUCAACCUGAACAAGGACGACUGGAGAGAACUUAGGUCUCUUGUGAUUGAGAUGGUGAUGUCCACAGACAUGUCCUGCCACUUCCAGCAGAUCAAGACCAUGAGAAACUCUUUGACACAGACAGACAGUAUAGACAAAGUGAAGGUUUUGUCGCUGAUGCUUCAUGCUGCAGACAUCAGUCACCCCGCCAAAGCCUGGCCGCUUCACUAUCACUGGACCCACAGCCUGAUGGAGGAGUUCUUCAGACAGGGAGAUAAAGAAGUGGAACUUGGUCUUCCCUUUUCACCACUUUGUGACCGCAAAGCUACCAUGAUCGCCCAGUCGCAGAUAGGUUUCAUUGACUUCAUUGUGGAACCAACAUUCAGCGUUCUGAUAGAUACAACUGACAAGGUGAUUGGUCCUCUGAUCGAAGAGGACAGGAAGGCCAGAGAGACUGGAAACAGGCGCCCCAGCUUAACAGGAAGUGGUUCAGUCACUGUCGAGUCAGUGCAGAGGCACAGCAGUGGUCUCCACGGCAACAGCGAUGAUGGACCGACAGACUUUUCAUUGACUGCCAUCGACCUGCCGGCUCUGAGGCUCCACCUUUCCAGCGUCAUUGUAAGCAACAAGGAAAGAUGGAAAGAGCUGUCUGUGCAUGAGCUGGCCAAUAAGGAAAAAGAAGAAAAAGAGGCCAUGGAGGGCAUAAAAGUGAACCCAGACACCCAAUCAAGCCAAAGUGGCCACAACAAAGACCAAUCACCAGACCCCAACAGAUCUCUGGCCCCUGAGAGCCAAAACGAUGGGUCACCUGAGCUGGAGCCCACAGAUCACCUGAGCUGGAAUGGGGAAGAGAAGGUAGAAGAGGAGGACCAAGUGCCCGAAAAUGCCUGAUGACGUACUGCUGAAAUCUCCCCGCUGUAUCUCACUGUGGCACAUCACCAUGGCAACAGGCAGCUUGGUGGAGCGACAAAGAGGAUUCCGAUUCUUCUGUGUAAACAGAGUAGCUGGCUCUGCGGCCCCUCAGUGGUCCCCAAAGGCCUACAGACUUUACGUUUACAGACUUUGUGUUUACAGUCCAAUAUGGAAAUAUAACAUUCAACCAACAACUUUCAUCAGAUUACGGCUUCUUAGCAGUUUACAGAUCUAUUCAAAGUGGUGAAAAUGUGUAGUGGUAUUUUAAUAGAGAAUCAUGUGACUGCUGUCUGUCACAGACCUGGAAAUGUCAGAAUUUAAAUUAAAGAAAAAGCAGACAAAAGACAGCCGAAACCUGGAGAAACUCAGUUGAAGAGGUGUGAGUUCAUCAGCAGUCAUGUGCGUAGACAUGCACCGCCUAACUCAUGUCAUUAAGAAAAGGAGUGCUUGUUGCUCUGCUCUUAAAUCUUGCCUCAAACUCUCAUACAUGUUGCUCUUCUGACCCAACCUGUGAUGUUAGACCGUCCAACCUGACCCAAGUGGUUGUGGUUCACUGCGGCGCUCAGGCAGGAUGAAUGUCAGCAGCAGAUCAAUGACUUCAAUUUGUUGACCUGAUCUAGUCAACUAAAAGUUGACAUUUGAACCAAAUGUAGUCUGUGCACAGAAAACAGCCAAUCUUUGUUCACCACUAAUGCAGUUUAAAAGACAGAUUUGUUGACCUGAAAAGUAUUCAUUUUUCUGAUGCUACUUUGUGAGGGAACAGUUUCAAUUUGACUCUGGCACAGAAAAAAGACAAAAGCUGUGGAAAAAUAAAUGGCUGAAAACUAAACCAAAAGAAAAAUGAGAUGAUCACAUCACGUUUAGACAAUUAAGAGUAAUCAAAUCCUGAAUGUUAUCAGUUAUUCUCCUUUUAACGCGAUUUAUUAUUAUUUCCACAUCUGAACAAACAUCCAGCUACUUUUCUAUAAAACCUCAGACUCUCAGUUGGUCAUAAAACCAAUUUCCUGUUGCUUUUCCUCCUGCUCUCUGUUUAUAUUUUGAACAAAAAGAUGUGAAAUUUGAAACAUUUUAUACACAUGUGGGCAAAACUGUUGGUACCUUUCGGUUAAUUCAAGAAAAAUUCAUGACAUGAAUCUGACAAAAGUAAUGUUAAAUUCUUGUUAUCGAUCAGUGGAAAGGCCACCAAAUGUUGUAUUCAAUAAAAAAAAUCUCUGAAAUGUAACCAGUAAAAGUCAGACAUUGCUUAUAAUUCACGCUUUAACACAAUUUUUUACAUAAAUAUAAUCAUGGAACAGGCCUGGACAAAAAUGAUGAGACUCCUAGAAAAGAUUGACCAUAAUGUGAGCAAAGGCACGUUAAUCCAACGCACGUCCACUAAUCUGCAACAGAUGAUCUUCGGCCACGAGUGGCCGGGAUGGGCUCCAGCAGCCCCGUGACCCCAAAAGGGACAAAAUAGAAGAUGUGUCAGACCCCUUCCCCAUUGUCAGGGAUGGUUCCUCCUUUUUGACCCAAAGACACAACUCUGUCAGGACAUCCUUGUUUGCUGAGGGAAACUUUGUCAGGUCUUUGAAUGAACUUCAAAUAUACAAGCAGUGACAAAAACAGAACUAUAUACAUCUCUGUUGAUUUAACAAACGCUGACCGUGCAACAAGAAAGGAGCGCCAAUUCUUUUCAACUGAAGGUGAAGACAUGUAUUUUUCCAAAAUAUGACCAAGCAGUUCUUUCAGUUGGUCUGUGAGAGUCUAUUUACCUUUGUCCUGACUAGAAAUGUUCUAAGAAACAUACAGAAUGUCAGCAGAUCAAUACAUAGAAAAUUGUGUUUACAGCCGGUUGUUGUGAAGAAACAUCUGAGUAGAAAAUAAAAGGGUUUCAUGAAAACAGCUUUCUUGACAAGUUUAAACAGUCAGCAACACUGGCACAGCUUUGGCCUUUUUUGACGAAACAAAUACAUUUACUUCUGGAAGUUCUGAUGUUGGAAAAAGCCUUCAUGCUGUGAUUUCUGCUUAUGUGCAUUACUGUAUAAAACCUUCUAACCUCCA